UUUUGGGUCAUUCAUUGCCCAACGUUCAUUACAGAUAUUAGCUCUACCAAAGUGAAAAACGAAUUGUUGAGAAAAAACAGCCACAAUGUGUAGCAAGCUGAAUAUAGUCACGCCAGAGGAACUGAAUGCCAAGGUGGAGCAGGAGGACAGUCAGGUAGAAACAUCCUCCGCCGACCCAUCGUCGUCCGUCUCCAAACUGGAGACAUCUUCCUCCUCCUCCGACAUCAAGACUCCUCUUAUCAAUGAAUCGCAACUGAUCGGGGAUCUGGGCAAGCCCUAUGCUCUUCCCUUCCUUCUGGAAGGAACUCGUCAUCGUGAUCUAAAGACCAUUUCGAGCGAUACACUGGCCCGUCUCAUGCAGGGCGAAUUCGCCAAGGAACUGGGACCUGGUGGUAGAUAUAACAUCAUCGAUUGUAGGUACCCCUACGAGUAUAAGGGAGGUCACAUUCGUUAUGCCUGGAAUGUCUAUUCAUUGUACCAUGUCCGGAAGGCUUUUCCUGACUUAACAGAGGAGUUGAAGCAGGAGAGGGUGGCUCAACGUGUCAUUUAUGUCUUCUACUGCGAGUUCUCCGCCAUGAGGGCAGCCAAGAUAAUGCGCUUCCUGCGCAACCAUGAUCUCAAUGAGGAUUAUCCGGAGCUAUAUUUGUUGCACAAGGGAUACAACGCCUUCCAUGGCUCCUAUUUAGAUCUGUGCGAACCCAAGGGAUAUGUGAAAAUGCUCUCCCCGGGUUACGAGCAUGACUACCUUCUCGGCCGCCUCCAAGCCGGGAUGUAGUGAUGCGAAAGAAUAGUUCAAAAAUAACAAACAUUAUUUUAAAUCGGA